AUGUCUCACCCCUCCUGCCAGGCCCAGAGGGGCUUCAGUGUUCGCUCGGCCUGCUCUCCUCGCUCUGGGGGCUGUGGCAGAGGCAGCUUCAGUAGCAGGAGCUUCGGUUCUUUUGGGGGGCGCAGGGGGGGCUUUCGUGGGAGGGCCUGGGCAUCAGGGGGAAGGCUAGGGGUGUGGCUUGGGGAGGGCCGCUGUGGGCCUGGGCUUUCCCUGUGCCCUCCGGGGGGCAUCCGGGAAGUGACCGUCGACCACAGUCUGCUGACCCCCUUGAAGAUUGAGAUUGACUCCCAGUUCCAGGCGGUGCGGACUCAGGAGACCCAAGAGAUCAGGACCCUCAACAACCAGUUUGCUUCCUUCAUUGACAAGGUGCGGUUCCUGGAGCAGCAGAACAAGGUCCUGGAGACUAAGUGGCACUUGCUACAGCAGCAGGGGGUAAGCGACAGUCCCCAGGGCCUGGAGUCUUUCUUCGAGGCCUAUGUGGCCCAGCUCAAGAGGUGGCUGGAGCAGCUCCAGAGAGAACGAGGGGCCCUGGAUGCCGAGCUGAAGUUUUGCCAGGACCAGGAGGAGGAGUAUAAGGCCAAGUAUGAGCAGGAGGCCUACAGGCACGCCACACUUGAGAAUGACUUUGUGGUCCUAAAAAAGGAUGCGGAUGGGGUUUUCCUGAGCAAGAUGGAGCUAGAAGGCACACUGGAGUCUCUGCAAGGGUACUUCUGCUUCUUGAGGCAUCUGUAUGAAGAAGAGCUGAACCAGCUCCAGACCCAGGCCAGCGACACGUCCGUGGUGCUGUCCAUGGACAACAACCGCUGCUUGGACUUCAGUGACAUCAUCGCUGAGGUCCGUGCCCGGUACGAGGAGAUUGCCCGGAACAGCAAAGCCGAGGCCGAGAUGCUGUACCAGACCAAGUACCAGGAGCUUCAGGCGUCCGCCCAGCUUCACGGGGAUAGCAUGAAGGAAACCAAAGUCCAGAUUUCUCAGUUGCAGCAGGCGAGUCAGAGGCUGCAAAGUCAGAUUGAGAACCUCAAGAAGCAGAAUGCCGACCUGCAGGCCACCAUCGCUGAUGCUGAGCAGCGUGGGGACCUGGCCCUGAAGGACGCCCAGGCCAAGCUGGAGGAGCUGGAGGCUGCUCUGAGAGCGGCCAAGCAGGACCUGGCCCGGAUGCUGCGGGAGUACCAGGAGCUCAUGGGCAUGAAGCUGGCCCUUGAUGUGGAGAUCGCCACCUACCGCAGGCUGCUGGAGGCCGAGGAGUGCAGGAUGUCUGGGGAAUGCACCAGCCAGGUCACUGUCUCUGUAGGGGGAGGCAGCACCACUGUGUCUGGAGGAGCUGGUGGUGACCUGGGGGGCGCUUGUGGACUCAGAGGCGGGAAAGGCAGCUUCGGGUCUGGCUGCUCCAGCAUCGUGACCGGAGGCUCCAGCGUCACCCUGGGCUCUGGGCAGGGCCCGGUUUGGGGCCCCUGCUCUGUGUCCGGCUCCGGUUUCAGCUCUGGCUCCAGCUCUGGCGGUCACACCAUCCUGAAGAAGACGGUGGAGUCAAGUCUGAAGACGUCCCUCACGUACUGA